AUGACAAAGGUUUCUGAGUUCCAAGACAAGAUCCAAGGAAGACUCGCAGUCACUCCCACUCUCCCACCAUUGUCUUUUUGGUUUGUUCAGGUGGGGAGAGUGAUAUACCCGAUUGGUUACGGAGCUGACCCAACAGGUAGACAAGACAGUAGUGACGCAAUACUUGAAGCUUUAACUGAUGCUUUUCAGUUACAAACUGGGCUUGAGAUGCUUCCACAUGUCUCUGAUCUAGGAGGUCUUGUUAUUGAUCUCCAGGGUGGCAGCUACAAGAUUGGAAAACCUCUCACUUUCCCUUCAUCCGGGGGUGGAAAUCUAGUGGUAAAAGGCGGGACUCUCCGGGUAUCAAAAGUGUUUCCAGGUAACAGACAUUUGGUCGAACUCGUACCACCAAACUCCAAGAUCUUCUAUGAUGAUGUGACCUUCCAAGAUGUUCUCUUCGACUCAAGCUUCCGAGGUGGGGGUAUAUUCGUAACCAACUCAGCUCGUAUCCGCAUAACCGAUUGCUACUUCCUCCAUUUCACAACACAGGGGAUCAAAGUCAAGGGAGGUCACGAGACAUACAUUUCAAAUUCCUUUUUGGGGCAGCAUUCAACUGUAGGUGGAGACCGACACGAAAAAGACUUUUCAGGGACAGGAAUCGAUAUCUCGAGUACAGAUAACGCCAUUACUGAUGUAGUGAUUUUCUCAGCUGGGAUAGGUAUCUCUUUGAGUGGCGAGGCGAAUAUAGUCACGGGCGUGCAUUGCUACAAUAAAGCAACAUGGUUUGGUGGAAUAGGCAUUCUAGUGAAAUCACAUUUAACGAGGAUAGACAACUGUUACCUUGAUUACACAGGUAUAGUCAUUGAAGAUCCUGUUCACGUUCAUGUCACAAACGGUCUGUUCAUAGGAGAUGCUAACAUCGUCUUGAAAUCUGUACACGGGAAGAUCUCCGGGCUAAACAUCGUCAACAACAUGUUUACGAGUACCACGAGCAAAAAUACUCCAAUCGUAAAGCUAAAAGGAAAGUUUCAUGAGAUCGAUCAAGUUGUGAUUGAUCAGAACAAUGCAUCAGGGAUGAAGUUAAAAUCAACAACCGGAAAGCUAAAGGUUUCUACAAAAAACGGGACAAGAUGGGCCGCUGAUUUUUCUAAGGUCUUGGUAUUCCCAAACCGUAUAAACCAUUACCAGCAUUCAUUUUUCGCUCAAUCUGGGAAGAUUCCUGCAAAUGCAGUGACCAGUGUUUCCAACAAUAUAGUAGUGGUGAAAACUGAUAGAGCUGUAACUGGAACAGUGUCAGUUAUUGUUUACCAGUAAAAGAACAUUCUUUAUAAUG